CGGUCUGCGCAGGCGCCGAUCACGCGACCUCGGAUAGCAGCGAUUGGCAGGUUGCUUCCGGGACGUCACCGACAGAAAGGGGGCGCUGUCGGUCAGACGUAAUGGUGCACGCAGUGGGUUGUUGAAGCGAUGUCACAGUGAGGCGGAGGAGGAGGAGACGCAGCUCGGUUCUCUGUGCUGUAACGCUGACCGCCACCAUUCGCUUUGCUCCGGCUCUGCGUGCGGAAGACGAAAGUUUACACGGAGUCCUUUUUGGGGAGGGCAGCCUCGUGUCCCCAGGAGGCCAUGUCCGGAGGGUUUUAUUCGCCAUUCGCUUGACCGAGCGGUGAACGAACCAACCGCCCUGAAGCGCUCGGUUCGCGGCGACUGUGUGACGACGGCAUCCGGCCUCCGGCCUCGGGGAAGAGCGGGGACUCGGCGGACGGGACGCGUCGAGCUUCUGGAGAGUCGCGGAGGGCUCCCCUGUAGGAGCACUUGAUGGAGAAGAUGAAGAAGUUCAAGCGACGCCUCUCUCUGACGCUGCGUGGGAGCCAGACCAUCGAUGAGUCGCUGUCGGAGCUGGCAGAGCAGAUGACCAUCGAGGAGAGCAGCAGCAAGGACAACGAGCCCAUGGUGAGGAACGGUCGCCCCCCCACCUCCCACAGCAUGCACUCCUUUCUACACCAGUAUGCCGGGUCGUUCCGCAAGCCUCCGCUGCGCCGGCCUCACAGCGUCAUCGGCGGCAGCCUCGGCUCCUUCAUGGCCAUGCCCCGGAACGGCAGCCGACUGGACAUCGUGCAUGAGAAUCUGAAGAUUGGCUCCGAUGGGGAGAGCGACCAAGCCUCUGGGACGUCCUCGGAUGAGGUCCAGUCCCCCACAGGCGUGUGCCUGAGGAGUCGGGUCCACCGGCGCAUCUCCAUGGAGGACCUCAACAAGCGCCUUUCCCUGCCAGCAGACAUCCGCAUUCCUGAUGGCUACCUGGAGAAGCUACAGCUGAACAGCCCUCCGUUCGACCAGCCGCUGAGCCGCCGCUCCCGCAGGGCCUCCUUGUCGGAGAUUGGAUUUGGAAAGCUGGAGACCUACAUUAAGCUGGACAAGCUGGGAGAGGGGACCUACGCCACCGUGUACAAGGGCAGGAGCAAGCUGACCGACAACCUGGUGGCGCUCAAGGAGAUCCGCCUGGAGCAUGAGGAGGGGGCGCCCUGCACCGCUAUUCGGGAAGUGUCGCUGCUGAAGGACCUGAAACACGCCAACAUCGUGACGUUGCACGACAUCGUACACACGGACAAGUCGCUGACGCUGGUCUUCGAGUAUCUGGACAAAGACCUGAAGCAGUACAUGGAUGACUGUGGGAACAUCAUGAGCAUGCACAACGUGAAGAUCUUCCUGUUCCAGAUCCUGCGAGGUCUGGCCUACUGCCAUAGGCGGAAGGUGCUGCACCGUGACCUCAAGCCCCAGAACCUGCUCAUCAAUGAGCGUGGGGAGCUCAAGUUGGCCGACUUCGGGCUGGCGCGGGCCAAGUCCGUCCCCACCAAGACCUACUCGAACGAGGUAGUGACGCUGUGGUAUCGGCCUCCAGACGUCUUGCUCGGCUCCUCCGAGUACUCCACGCAGAUCGACAUGUGGGGCGUGGGCUGCAUAUUCUACGAGAUGGCCGCUGGGAGGCCCCUGUUCCCCGGGUCCACCGUGGAGGACGAGCUGCAUCUCAUCUUCAGGCUGCUGGGGACCCCUACGGAGGAUAACUGGCCGGGGAUCUCCUCGAUCGACGAGUUCAAGUCAUACAACUUUCCCAAAUACAAAGCUCAGGCCCUCAUCAACCACGCGCCAAGGCUGGACACUGAAGGCAUCGACCUGCUGCUGAACUUCUUGAAAUACGAGUCCAAGAAGAGGAUCUCUGCAGACGAGGCCAUGAAACAGCCCUACUUCCACAGUCUCGGCACGAGAGUUCACACGCUGCCGGAGAGUAUAUCGAUAUUCACACUGAAGGAAAUUCAGCUGCAGAAGGACCCGGGAUACCGGAGCUCGUCAUACCCAGAGUCAGGAAACAGCAAGAACAGAAGACAGAGCAUGCUCUUCUAGACCUGGAUGUGCUGCACGGAAUGAGGACGUGGAUGGUUUUCUUCUCUGUUGUAUGGACUGACCCACCAGGUCCACGGUGGGGUGGAGGGGGGUGAGCCCCCCCUUCCCCUGUGCGUGGCCCCCAACCCCAGGGACAGACCCCCUUUGUCCUGCUGCUGCAGGACCGUGUGGACCAGAGCACAAUGACUCUAGGCGUUAAUUUAUUGGGGACACACACCCUGUGCUGCUAAACUACUGUCUGUUUAACAAGCUGUGUUGUCACGUGACAUCGCUCGGUUGCCCACGGCAACGCACCGGUCGCAAACCGUUGUUUCAUCGAUGGUGUUUUUGCUGUUAUCUCAGUGUCGAGAAUGGUUCUGGUGUCCCUGCCGAAAUUCCCCGUGCGGCUAACCCCCAGCUGUCCCGCAUCGCAGCCUUGUUUCUGGAGUCUUUUUCGGCUUUAUUUAUUUUGUUAUAGUUUUCUUAUUUUUCCCUUUGCUUUAUCCUGCAAUUGUGCAGCUGAUAUUUUGUGGACCGAGCACUGCAUUCAGAGCCCACCUACAGUGACAGCUGUCUUUGGCCCAGAUAUGGACAGUGCCUGCAGAUGUUGUUGCCGUGGUAAUGGUGCUGUGCAGUCACUCUCGCAUGACUCUGCCCCUCACCUUUUCUCUUGUGCAUAUUAAAGAAAAGGAGAAAAAAAAAAAAAGUUAAAAACUUGCUCUUUGGCCAGGGAGUGUCCCUGCUGCCUCUAGGGGACCCUGAUGAGGACCACCUGCUGAAGGCGGCGGAUUCUGACAGAGAACCACGAAGGAGCGAGGACCACACCCUCGGGGCUUUGCAAUCCAAUGCAUUUCAAGUUUGUGGUCACCGUUGCCACGGCGCUGGGUGAAAACACUGGAUCCCUCCUAACUGUGGGCAUUACCCAGCGGCUCCUCGCGCGGGAGCCCAGCAAGACAUUUCACAGACGAGCGGCGUCAAACAGCCCGCGUGGCGUCUUUCACUCCUGCUCCAGCUUUGAAUAGUGCGUCUCCUCCUGACCACACCGCUCUCCCUGGGAGGACCGCCCACUUCGGAGCUCUUCCUCCCCACCCCUCCUCUUCGCCCACAUGUGAAUACGAACACCUCUCUUCUCUGCUACUGUGCUAAUGUGGUUUUUGUGUGUGUUUAGACAGGUGUGUGUGUGUUGGGUUGUUAGCCCCUUCCUGUCUAGUUUAGUGCAUCUUCAGUGACUGUCAAUGGGCUUCUUUUUGCGGGCGGUCGACCUGGUGGCCGGUCGUCAGGGGCUUUUGGGUGCAAAAACAUGGACUUCUCAUCAUGGAACGAAAAGAAACAAUAGUUUAUUUAACAGUGUUAAAACAAAUUUUUUGUGUCACCUCUUAACUUUAUUUGUGAGUAACUGUGUAUUCGGCGCAUGUUCAGGGCCACAUUUAACGUCUAAACGUGCGGAAACCAUUUGCAUUGGACCACUACUCUUCUUUUUCCUGGGUUUAUGCACAAUGAUGAAGAGUUUUGGAUUGAAAGUUGACUUAACAGGUCGCUGUGUUGCUAACAACUGCCAGUAAUCCAUUAAUAUAGUAGUAAUACUGUAUUCUUCUUUUCCCCCUUGAGUAAGAGGAUGGUUGAUUGUCUGUGGGAGUGUGUGAAGGGCAGCAGCGAACGCAUGGAACGCCUUCUCUCCCUGUCAGCCCCAUGGUGAACCGCCGGUGAACUGCUAUGACCGUGUAACACUUUUUACUGGAGUUAUUUAUUUCUCAUAACUAUGAAGUAAAUUUAGUCAGUUUCAUACAGACUUGCUGAGCUCAUCCGUUGUGGUCUCUCAUUUCUAACGGGGUUGGACCGAGGAACUCCAGGGGACUCUGCUUCUACCGCUUAAGCGGCACCGAAGUUCUGUGAGCUGCAGGAAGGAGAUGAAGUUGUGUUGCCUCCUGAGGACUGGAGGCCUGGCUUGCGGUUGUACAUCUCAACUGGGGUCACUUUCCUGCUCAACACUACAUACAUUUUACCUUCAUUCAUGUACGCAGCUGGGUACUUGUUACUGUAUCGAUUCAGGGUCAGUUCCCUGCUCGAGGGCACUGCAGAAGGAUGUGCAUUUGGGACCUGGAACCUUCAGUGUGCAACGGUUGCAGCUCUGACCACUCCACCCCCCCUUAUGUGCAUCCUUCCAUCACACAUUUUCCAUACUUGAUGAUGUUAAAAGUAGGAAACAACUCCACACAUGCGCACAUACACCACACAGGUAAUGAAUCGAGGUGCAUCUUAUAAAUGCUGACUGAUAUCUGACCUGGAUUUGUCCAGAAAAAUGUGCAGCUGCAUGAAGUGAUGAAAGAUAUCAUCAUAUGCAAGUUUUUUUUUUUUGGAUAAUAAGAACAGCAUGGCUUGGCUGACAGAACUGGCACAGCCAUCAUCGUUAUUGGGACGUUGUGCGCGUCCUUGAGAAGAAGGCGGAGCUUCUGGUCAACAGCAGGACACACCACUCGGCACAACAGUGCGCAGCCGUUGAA